AUGAAAAAUCAACAAGCAUUUUCAAUUUUAGAUGGAUUUAAUUCUCUGAUGGGACAAACAGAUAAUACAAAUAAUACGUUUUUAACACUUCAAUGUGCUACAAAUCCAAGUUUGCAAGAUAGUCAAUUUCCAACAAAUGGAGAUCCAACAACAGGAUUUUUAUGGUUCAUGAAUGGUUGUCAUUUUGAUCCAACUUCAACCUAUAUUCCAUCAAAUACCAAACAAGCUCUCUAUAGACUUUCUCAAUAUGUUCUUCAAUGGUUUGAUAUGUUCAAAUUUGUUAAUCCUUUAUUAUUCGCUUUAUGUUUUAUUCUCCCAUUUGUAUUGAGUGUUUAUGAUGAGGAGCAUUAUACAGAAGAGCUGGCCUCUAGCUUUGCUUAUUAUGUUCUUCAAAUUCUUUCCCUAUUUUUCAGACUUGCAAUUGUUCAAUCUUUCAACAUGGUACUUUUAUUGGCAAUUAGACAGCCAUGUCCUUGCUCUUGUAGAUUUGUAGGCUCAGGUAGUUUAAGACAUGAAAGUGACAUUUCUACACAAUAUAUUAUGGAAGAGCCAUUCAAUCCAAUGAAUGUAACAACUGGAACAACAUUUGUUCUUGGAAAUUCUCUUGGUUGGUGUAUGCCUUCAGAAGAAGUUUUAAUGGGAACUGUCUUAAUUUUGCAUGUUUUGGAAAGAUAUUCAGUAUUUGUAGGACUUCCUGCUCUCUUAUUGUUACCAUGUACUGCCAUUCUUGCAGGUGAAUCAAGUGUGGGACAAAUGAUCACAUCUCUUGCUAUUGGAUUGAUUUAUCAUUUUUAUUCAACAAGAACUCCAAUGAUUAUGAGAAGUUUGGACUUUAUGGUAACUCUUGUUGGUGGUAUUGUGGCUUUGUUUGUUGCAAAACAUUUCUAUAUUACAGUUGACUUUGCCUAUACUUCUUAUUUUUGGGAAGGAAUUAUUUAUCAAUUAUUUUGUGUGGUUAUGUUUGUUCUUUGUUUUUCGAUGGCCUUUCUCAAAAGAAUUUUGCUUAAGUGGUCACUCUAUCGUCUCUCACCAAAAGAUAUUCAGUUUAUGAAUAUGAAAUUAUUACCAGAUAACCAAAACUUUUCAUCAUUUGAAAAACAAAUGGAAGAUCUUCAACAAGGGGAUGGAAUUCGUUCCUCUCAAUCUGAUAGAAUUAAGAGAAGAAAAUCAAGAAGAAUCAAUGGAGUUUCCGAAGAGGAAAAUAUGAGUUUAAUUCAAGAAUACAAUGGGAAUGUGUUCUCCAGACUUUAUCACAAAAAGUACCUAAUGAUCUUUGUAUUGUUCAUUACUUUUAUUUCUUUAUGUUCUGUACACGUUUUGAGUGAUUGGACUAAUGAGAUUUUGUCAUUUGGGGUUUCCAAAUUCUAACUAUUGUAGAUCCACAAUAAAAAACAUAGCUCAGAUUCUCAU